AUGGUCUUUAUUUGGUUUAGAGAUAUCGAUGAUAAGUUUCGUGGACUCUAUUCAGAUUUUUGGCUUGCAUUGCUUGCACCUGACCAAGACAGAUUAAGGAGUGUGGCUACUGAAAUGGGUGUUGGUGAGCUUUACGGUUUGUUUGCCUGUAUGGUAGCUCGAAGAUCAUGGAAGGCGGUUUCACAAGGGAUCAAAAAUAAGAAACUGGAUAUGGCAGAGAUAGACGAGUUGAAACUGUACGCUGGUGCGCUGAUCCCCAAAAUUAGUGAAGUGCUACAUCGGAUGCCGCGACAGAUGCUUCUUAUUCUUAAGACUAACGAUUUAAUAAGAAAUCUCGAACAUGUUUUGGGAACCGAAAGUCGUUCAGAUGCCCACAUUGAGAUGUCUAAGUGUGUGGUGCGAUCUCAUUAUGAAAUGAAGCUGAAAAAUUCUCACAGCCUUUGGGAGGCUCUAAGGAUAAAACUGAAGCUGUAUUGGGCUUUAUUCAAAAUACAUUCAUAUGAAUGGUAUCUCAUCACAAGAGAAUCAAUCCCAUUUUUACAUCUCUCUUAA